AUGUCGGAACAAUCAGCACAAUCGACAGAGCAAGCGGGCGCGGCACGAGCAAGCCUCAGCCAUACCGUAUUUGCCUCGCCUACGCCCAUGGACACCAGCUUUCCACACUCGGACAGCCAGUCGCACCAUGUCCCGCUCGCAUCGACCUCGUCCAAGACAGCGGCAGGUCCUCCAUCUGCUGCCCCCUCUGCACCUCUCACGCCCAUGAGCGCCCCCACACCCCUCAGCGCACCCUCAGCAUCCGCUUCCACUUCGGCCGCUUCGAGCGCCGCCGUGUCUCGCGUCAGCAGCAUCCGUUCCAAUGCCCCACCUCCCUCUUCUGCAUCCAACCCACGCAUUCGCAAGGGUCUUCUGUCCAGGGCAGGCAGCGAAGCAGAAGAUCGCAUGGCCAGAGUUGCUUCGGCUUCGCAUCCUCAGCUCACCACCGAUGACGACGAUGACGAUCCCAUGAUCAGCGAUUCGGGGCCCAUGCCUCGCCGUUUUGCCUCUCAAAAUCGUGGUCCCUCAGGCGCCGCCAUCAGCUCUCGACAGUCAUCCAACUCUUCACUACCUCACACCAACCGAUACCCUCCCAACGCUUCCACUACUAGCGUUGCAUCCGGCCACCGCAGCGGAAGCGGCGAUGCAAGCGAAGGCGCUGCAUCCAGCAUUGGCGGGGUCAGCCUGGGUCGCGCCAUGUCCGUCAGUUCCGUCAGCUCCGUCAACAGCACUUCCAGUCUCGAAGCUGCCCCUUUCCGAGAGGCCCCUCUCGGUAACGUCAGGCUUGGCUUUGGUGCUGAAGCCUCCCGCUUUUCUGGACGCAAUGCGCGCAAAAGCCCGUACGGUUCGCUCGCCAUGUCGACGCAGCCACCUGCAGAUCCAUCGACUUCUAUACCGAACGCAAACCACAGUCUCUCUCAGUCUAUACCAGCAGCCGAUAGUCGUAUCAGCACGAAUGGAGAGCACGGAAACGACGUCUCGCUCUUCUCCACUCCUUCCGUAGGCCAGUCAACCCAGGCUACCACGCUCAGCGCAUCAGCACCGUCGUCGGACAGGCACAGGGGUGUCCCCAAGCCCGCCUCUGACGCUUGGAUGUAUCGUGUUGGUCCAGGAAUGCGCACCAACAAGCCGGUGCGUGCACCCUCCUCGACUGCCUCACCAGAGUUGCCAGAGUUGCCCUUGGACGAUCCGCAGUCUGCCGCCUCGCCCGCCAAACGAUCACGGGAAAUCCUUCGUCAAAAGUUUGCAAAGGGCGCAGGGCGAAUCGGCAUCAGGACCACGGGUCUCGUUCCACCUCCUUCGGAGCAAUACACCGUCUACAACCCGCUCGACAGCUCGGAGGACGAGACAAAUCUCGCCUCUGCCUCGCGAACUCCACUGCCGCGUAGCUCAAGCUAUUUCUCUGCAGCUCCUCACAGCGCCAGUUCAGCAGCGGGUACUACACUGCAUCCGCUGCUCACCCCGGUUCCCAGCGAUUUUCGUACCAGCUCCGUCACCAACGCUCCCCUGUUCGUACCAAAAUAUGCGGAAGACUCGCACUCGUCCAGACUCACUCCGGAGGCACCGGCUCCCCCGGGCCCGGCGCAUGCAUCGCGCGAUUCACUCCGCAGCGCAGGCGUCUUCGACAGCCAAGCUCCGGCACUGCCGCCUCUCAGCUACGACGCUGUCGUCGGCAGCAUUUCCUCCGACCUCUCGCCAUAUCUAACCGCCGGCAAAACGGCUCAGGCCUCAGCUGCAAGCCAGUCUCGACGCAGGUCCUCCGCCACUCAAAAGCCUCCCUUCCUACGCGCCAGGAGCAGCAACGAUGCCUUUGAUCGCACCGCGUCGCCCGGUCUGCUCGUCAACGAUCCUAGCGCCGUCGAUGCACCUCCUGCCUCUCCCGCACUGUACACACGGUCGGCGUCGGCUCUGUCUGCGCAGCGAUCGCCUCACGUAGAGCUGACGCUGGACAGCAACACGCAGCAGCAUCCUACCCCGGCCGAAGUCGUUCGCAUGGAGGCACAGGCUGGCAUUGCCUCGCUCCCCGACUCACCCAGCGAGCCUUCACCUGUUCCCUUGAGCUAUUCGCCUGCCAUCGAAGACGAAAGCGCGCCCAACAGGCGCUUUCGCGACUCUUCCCAAUCGAGGCUCGCACGCCCCAGUAGCGGCACGGGCAGCGAGGCCUCUAUGGGCCCAGCGACGACUGGCACCUCGCGUCGGCCGGAUUCGUUGCAGCGCCAACGGCUGUGGUCCAACGCGAAGCGGCCCGCUGUCCUGCGAGCCCGCACCAGCGAGAGUUCUAUCGGGAAAGGUCGACGCAGCCAAAGCUCGGACCGCAAGGCAUAUUCUCCAAGUGGGCAGAGUCCUGUCGAGGGCGGCUGGAAUGAGGACCGGCCGGGCACACAUUCGAAAAACAGUUCGAGCAGUACCAUGCCCGCCGGCGAGAUGGGCGCACUAGCGCCACCUCACGUUGAUGUGAUUCCCGAAGACGAUGACGGUGGUGGCAGCGGCAUUGUUGGCACGCCAGACUGCACUGUCAUGCCUACUGCCGACGUCUCAGCUGGGGCCGUCUCACGACCCGCUUCUAGUGUUGAACAUGAUCAAGGCAUGGCGAUGUCGCCACCCAAUCGAGGAGCGCUUCCGUUCCUCGUGCGUCCUAUGCCGGGUCCACGCUCUGCAUCGCCAGCCUCGCAGCUCGCGCGCUCACCAGAGACGAUCCGCGUCGGCCCUGCACGCAUCACCGACUCGAUCUACGGCCGAAGUCCCGCUUCCAUCUCGAAUCUGCAGAGUCCUCGCUUACUACCGUCUUCAGCCUCGAUGACAGGUCCGGAGCGCCCCACAACGCCGUCUCCCCGAACGUCGUCGGCGCGAGGUCCGCACGAUUUCCACUUUGGCGAGACGCUGGGAGAAGGAUCGUACUCGACCGUGUUGGAGGCGUGGGAUCUGCUGUCAGGGCCUUCGCCCAAGGAGCCGGGUGUGAUCGAUCCGAACGCGACGUCUGCUGCGGCUGCCAUGGUCGGAUCUGAGCCGUCCAAGAGGCGACGUCAUCGGAUCGACCUGACCGGCCGCAAGGCGUACGCGAUCAAAGUUCUGGACAAGGUGCACAUCCUCAAGCAAGGCAAGCAGAAGUACGUGUCGAUCGAAAAGGAGGCGCUCAGCCGCAUGAUUCGCCAUCCUGGUGUCGUUACGCUGUUCUGGACCUUUCAGGAUCGAGAGAGUCUCUACUUUGUGCUCGAGUUGGCCAACAACGGCGAGCUGUUGAACUUCAUUCGCAAGCAUGGCAGCUUUGAUCUCGAGUCGGCUCGCUUUUAUGCGGCUCAGCUGGCCGACACGAUCGCCGGAAUGCAUACGGCCGGCGUGGUGCAUCGCGACGUCAAGCCCGAAAACAUCUUGUUGGACGCUCGACAUCGGAUCAAGAUUACCGACUUUGGCAGUGCGAAGAUCGUGCACCCUGUUGGCGAGACCGAGGCACCCAUCGCCAGUGAGGCGCCUCCCGCGCAGCAGGCUCAGCAGUCUCGAGCCGCAAGUUUCGUGGGCACAGCCGAGUACGUCUCGCCCGAGCUGCUGGUGGAAAAGGCACAGCCAGCGGGCAAACCAGCCGACUGGUGGGCGUUUGGCUGCGUUUUGUUUCAACUGCUUGCCGGUCGACCACCCUUCAAAGGCGUCAACGAGUAUCAAACGCUGCAGAAGGUCAAGAACCGCGAGUUCACGUUUCCCGCAGGCUUUCCCGAAGAUGCACAGGACCUCAUCGAUCGAGUGUUGGUGCUCGACCCUACUCAACGCCCGUCUGCGAGCGAGAUCAAAGCACAUCGCUUUUUCGCCGCGAUCGACUUUGACCGUCUAUGGGAACUCGACGCGCCACAAAUCAAGACAGGUCUCGUGCAACCGCUCCCAGCCCCUGCUCAGCAGCGCGAAUUCGCGGAUACGAGCGAUUUCAGCUUCGACGAAGGGUUUGGCAGCUCGGACGAGUCGCAGGCGUACAACGGGGACACACAGAGCAUCGAUUAUCAAAACCACGGCGAUGGAGGGGCAGAUGAGAGUUCUUUGAGCUUGGAUGCUGUUUCGUCUGCGCACCAAACGAACGAUGCAGAUGAUUCGGAUUCCGAGGCGAGUGGCGGACGUCGCGAAGAGGUGACGGACGGGAGGGAGCAGCUGAAGAAACGGCAAAGUGGGCUGCAACGGUUGGCGGAUGGGUUCCAGAGUCGAUUUAUGCCAAGCGUGGGUGGAACACCGCCGACAGGGGUGCAGCCAAACGGUGGUGCAUCAGGAGCGCCGAGACGCAGGUUCUCGAGCAUGUCGAUCGACGCUGCUGCCCCGGCGAAUGCUGUGGCUGCCUCAGAUGGGAUCGAGCCUGCCGUGGCUAGAGGCAUGCGUCCUUUCUCGCGCUCGAUGCAGACGAUGAACGCUCACAGUGCUGGAAGUGCCAGCCAUAGCCCCAGCUCCACGAGUCGACUCCAACCACAGCCUGCCAGCGUUUCUACUGCUGCUAUAGCAAGUGGCGGUAACGGAUUGCAGCAAAGCUGGGCGGCUUUGUUGCUACCCAAGGAGCUCAUGCUGUACAGCUUGCCCGUUGCGCAGAAGAAGACGGGCACGGGCAAGAUGUUUACCAAGCGACGUCAGCUGGUGCUCACGGAUUUUCCACGGUUACUGUGCGUCAAGGAUACGGCGACAGCGCUGAAAGUCAAGAGCGAGGUGAUCCUCGCCAUCCCGAAAAACGAGGCGAUGGUCGGCGACGCGUGCAAGCAACCUUCACCGAUCUCACCAGCCGGCGGAGGGGAACGAGGGGAAGGAGAGUUCGAAAAGCUUUCCGGCAGGCAAGUGACAGCGAAUUCAGACGACGAUGCUGGAGCGAAUGGUGAUGAAGUGACCGCUGCCAAUGUGCGAUUUACCUCUCAACAGGCGAUACCGAAUCUAUUGACAGGCAUCGAGUAUCGGGGUGGGAGGAGCUUCACUAUUCGCAUCGCCAACGGCAGGACGUUCCAGUACGAGACGGCGGGGGACGCUUCGGCGCUGGUGCGAUGUAUUCAGGAGGCCAGGCGGGCGGCAUGA